GAGGAAUUAGAAAUCUCCCAAAUCACUGUUCAUUCUCCCUUCAUUACCAGCAGGCUAGAUGCGUGUUAGCGUGUAAGCUUCCUGCAAAUAAUUGACAGAUCUCCCCGCUUCGUUUUGCUAUGCAGCGGAAGACGCCCAUGGCCACACGGCCGUCGCUGCGGUCGAGCGACGGCACGCGCCCAAGGAGCAAGAGCGGGACCGGCAGGCCGCCGUCGAGCCCGCGCGGCUCCGACCCGUCGCGCGCGUCCGCGGCCGCGGCCCCGCCGUCCGACAAGCCGGUGCCGUCGUUCCUCCGCCCCACCGUGAGCUCGUCGCUGCACAGCUCCUCCUCCUCGUCCUCGUUGGCGUCGCCCUCCCCCUCCUGCUCCUCCAGCACCAAGGCCACGGCCGCCACCGCGAGGCGGUCAGCCGACAAGGCCCCGGCGCAGGCGCUGAGCGGGCUGCGCCCGAUCACGCCCAAGGACAAGGCCAAGGCGCCCGCGGCGGCGGCGUCCUCCACGACGCGAUGGUCCGCGGUGUCGCCGAGGCAGCUGAUGCAGAAGGCGUCCAAUGCCCUCAAAGCCACCAGCAAGCCCCGCGGCAAGAAGGGCAAGGAGGCGGUGAGCUCCUCCGCCUCCGCGUCCGGCAAGGGGGCAGCCGGUGCUUCCGCCAGGGCCAAAGGCGAGGCGGCGAGAGCACAGGCCCAGCAGCCUGAGACGCCUGCCGACCCGUCGCCUGCCGUGACUCCCGUGGAUGCGGAGGAGCCUGUUCUGUUGGAUCCCGAAGCUGCUGAACAAAACGAGGAGCACGUCGCAACGUCGCGGGAGGCUGUCAGCACUGACAUCAUGACCGUGGAGGAGAGAUAUCAAGAGGAGCAUGCCGGCGCAGAGGAGGCUAGGGGAGCACCGGAGGAGGAGGAGGAGAAGAUCAUAGUGGAGUUGCCUAGAGCAGUGAAGGUGGCGCCGCCGGAUAGUGCGGUUGCGGAGGCAGAGAUGGAGGCCCCGAAGAACGCGGAUGAUGAGUCGCCGGCCGUCGUCGUCGAAGAAGCCGUGGUGAAGGAGGCAGCGACACCGGAGGGAGAAGACGAGCCGGCGACCAGCACGGUGGAAGAGAAGGUCGUCGAAGAGACAAAGGCCGAAGAGAGGCAACAAGAAGAACAAACAAAUGAAGGAAGCAGCGUGAUCUCUGAAGAACAAACAAAGGAAGGAGGCGGCUUAAUCUCUGAAGAACCAAACGAGGAAGCCAGCGUGAUCUCUGAAGAACAAAAGGAAGCAGAUCCUGCGCCUAUCCAGAAGCAGGAGGAGGUGGCCGAGGACGCAGAAAUGGCUGCUGCAUCGAGCGCGUCAGCUCCGACAACGCCACUGAAAGAAGCAGCUGAGGACGACGACGAGGAGGAGGCACUGCCCAAACAGGUGAGCGCUUCGGAGCCCGUAACGCCGGUUGCAGAAGCCAUCAGCAAGGGCAAGGCGGUGAUCGACACGCAGCAGAGCGCAUCGGCGCCGGUGACGCCGGUGAACGCUGCCAAGAAGAACGGCCCAUCGAAGCUGCCGGCGACGAUCCCCGAGGAGUCGGCGCUGACGUUCAAGGGGCGCAAGGUGAAGACGGCCAUGGAGAAGCGGUCGGACGAGGAGCAGCCCAAGAAGAAGGAGGUGGCGCGGAGCAACGACGUGCUGGAGGAGGCCAAGAGCAAGCUGAUGGAGAAGAGGAAGAGCAAGGUGAAGGCGCUGGUGGGGGCGUUCGAGGUCGUCAUGGACAGCCCCCGGGCAAGCUGAGCUCAUCAAAAUUUGGAGGGAAGAUUUAGUGGUGAUGCCAGAUGUGUGGUUUGAAUCUUGCUGGGGGUGUUCUGAUAGUUUGCUUUCUUGUUUGUUGAUCAUUGCUUCUUGUGAUCACUGAAACAAAUGGGGAUGUUUUAUUGAUGAUUUUUAUUAUUUCUUGAUGAACCUGUUAUUUAUGAGAAAAAAAUAGCAGUUUGUAUGAGCUUUGCUUGAUCUAAUGUAAGAUUUCUUUCAAUUUAGAUUGCCAUGUAUCAUGUACAUGAUGUAGUGUUACCGGGUACAUUUGACAAUACAGUUGUAGUUGUUACA